CAGAAAAAGUGAACCAGGAAGGUAUACAAUUCUACAAUGAUACCAUCAACGCUUUAUUGGAAAACAAGAUCAUCCCCAUAGUAACCCUCUACUACUGGGACCUGCCGCAGGUGCUUCAGCAAAAGUAUGGCGGAUGGCAGAACAUCAGCAUGACACGCUAUUUUAAGGAUUACGCAGAUUUGUGUUUUGAGAGCUUUGGAGAUCGUGUGAAGCACUGGAUUACUUUUAGCAAUCCUUGGGCAAUUGCAGAAGAAGGGUAUGAAACAGGACAGCAUGCGCCAGGACUGAAGCUGGGCUCCGUUGGAGCUUAUAAAGCAGCACAUCACAUUAUCAAGGCUCACGCAGAGGUGUGGCACUCUUACCACAAGAAAUGGCGCCACGGACAACAAGGCCUAGUGGGGAUCUCUUUAAGCAGUGCCUGGGGAGAACCGGUCGAUCUGAGCAACAAGACUGACGUCGAGGUAGCAGAGAGAUACAUGCAGUUUUCCCUGGGAUGGUUUGCAAACCCGCUGUUCCACGGAGACUAUCCUGGAGUCAUGAAGGAUUAUGUUGGUAGAAAAAGCGCCGAACAAGGAACACCGUCGAGACUCCCGGCUUUUUCAGCGCAAGAGAAAAACUACAUUAAGGGCACGGCAGACUUCUUGGGCAUCGGUCAUUUCACCACCUAUUACGUUGCCCAGAAGAGCUACCCUCCUCUGGGGACGAGUUAUUUCACCGAUCGCGACUUGGUGGAAUUGGUGGACCCCAGGUGGCCGGAGUCGGGGUCCAAGGGGCUAUACUCUGUGCCCUGGGGCUUCCGGAGAUUACUUAACUUUCUCAAGGUACAAUAUGGGAACCCACUGAUUUACGUGACAGAGAACGGCAUUUCAGAAAAGCUGCCAUGUGCUCAGUUAUGCGACAACUGGAGAAUAGACUAUAUUAAGGGAUACACGAAUGAGAUGCUAAAAGCUAUAAAGGAUGGGGUGAACAUCCAGGGCUAUACGGUGUGGUCUCUGCUGGACAAGUUUGAAUGGAACCAAGGUUACUCCGAGAGAUUUGGACUAUAUUAUGUUGAUUUUCAAAAUCUGAACAAGCCCCGGUAUCCAAAAGCAUCCGUUCACUAUUAUAAGGAAAUCAUCAAAGCCAAUGGAUUCCCUAACGCAAAGGAGGUGGCGAGCUGGCACCACCAGGCUGCUGAUAUCUGUUCUUUGGGCAGCCGGCUUCUUAUGACAGAAGAACAGCGGAAUACUGCUGCUAAAAUGCUCAGGCUAAUCCAUGAGCCGCUGGCCUCUCACAUGGAAAUGGUGACCGAGAUUGUGGUGCCGACAGUUUUCACGCUCUGUAUUCUAAUCGGUGCCGUCCUCCUGCUCCUACUGCUCAGGAACCACCACUAGCAAAGCAUCUCUGCCUUUGACGCUGCGGCUUCAUCUUGGGAGAACCGCCUGCGAGGUUUCUGAUCCCUUACCCUGAAAAUAAUUUAGGCCUUUCGUAUGUAAAUGACUACGUUUAUUUCAACAUUUUCAAUAAGGAAUUCAGUUCAGGGUUGUUGUUUUUUUAAAAAAUCAGCUAUGCAUAAUACAGUUCAGAAGUGACUUCUAAUGUUGAAAAGUCUAGAAAUGGCCAGGACUGCAGCAAUAUUGCCUUGCUUAUUUGAGGAGAUUCCUAGCAAUAGAGUGACUUGGAUCUGAUUGAUUUUGAGAUUAUUCAGACUGAACAUUAAACCUGCUUUGCAGUAGAA